AAUGAUUCAAUACGUCAGUCAACGUCAACUUCAAAUGCACCAUUUUGUUCGUAUAAACCUAAUCAUGGGUCCGCAAAAGUGAGAUCAAUAUCGUUUCAAACUUGUCGUCAGUCUAAAUUUAUCAGUUUUUGUUUUUGUGAAAAUGAACUAUGACGACGAUACUGACUUAACAGCUGGUCGAAGAAGCUUGUCACACGAAGCAGAAGGCCAAAAAAUAGAGCAUGAAUUUAUAAAACUGUAUCAUAAACUUCCAUUACUGUGGGAUGCGAAACAUCCGGACUACAACAACAAAUACAAGAGAAAUGCAGCUUUGGAUAAAUUAUUAAUUAUUUUGAAACAAUUGAAUCAUCUCGCCACAAGAUAUAAUGUGCGGCAGAAAAUAAACAUAUUAAGAUCUUGUUAUAGAAAAGAUUUGCGAAGACAUUUGGCAUCGAAAGUUAUAGGCGCAGACGGAGAAGUUUCUUACGAACAUAUUCCUACGUCUUGGAAAUUUCAUAAACUGAGAUUUCUUGACGGAAAUGAUAAUAAUACUGAGGAAUACAAAAACGAAAUUACACAGGUUAACAUUCAAGACAGUGAAUAUCAUGAUAACAGCAACAAUAGCAACCAAAGAAGUGAGGGGUCAUCUGGACAAGAGUGCCAUGAUAUAGAAACUGAUCCUGACCUAAGUUUAGAGUCAUUAAAAACAUUUGAAGACAAAACAUAUAUACGGAAAAGCAGUCAUAAAAGAAUAAAAUUAGAGUUAAAUCAAGAAGGAUACUAUCCACCAGACAAGGAGGAGCCUUUAGACAGAGAAUUUAAUGCAAUUGGUGCUAAUGUUGCAUGUAAACUGAAAAGAAUGAAUCAGCAACAGAGGUAUCAUGCGGAACUGCUCAUAAACAAAGUAUUAAUAAAAGGGUUAAAGGACAGUUUAACGGAUGACUCAGAUAUAACUGAUGUGUGGAAUGUAUAGCACUAGAGAAGCAAAUUUCUUAAUUAGAAAUUUGUUUGAAAUUGUAA